AUGGCCGACGCUGUGCCAUCCCUUGGCCCAACGCCUAUGGAUCUUGAUAUCAGAGCUACCCGGACAAGCGCCAACAUGCUUGAUGGAUUGCAGAGCUUGCUCGACAGCAAAGAAUGCUGCGACAUCGUGUUUCUCGCAUGCGAAGAGCAGAUUGAAGCUCAUGCUGUGGUACUGGCUGCAAGCAGCCCCAACUUCUGCAAGUACUUGAGGCAGUCUUCCAUGCGUGGACUCAAAGAGCCCUCGGCUCCUGGCCACGAAAUGGAGGCAAGCGGUGCCAUGGUCUCUGACAUGAUGGAUGUUGCAACAGAUACGGAGAACAAAGAUUACGCUCGAGCUGUUCACGACCGUAUCGACCAGCCCGCAGGGGACCGGAACGGAGGUUCCCGGGGUGUCUGGGCACUGGGCGCCCUUCCGCGAAGAGAGGGAGAAGAGCCCCAAGCAGAGGUCCCCGAGCAAUCGAAGGAGUCGAACGGAGUGGCAGUCGCACGGCUCGCUUCUUUCUUGGAGCCUGCCAACCAGGAGGAGCCUGGGAUGGAUGGAGCUGGCAAAGGCUCCGAUGAGGCGGCGACAGCGGAAGCGCCCAUGGAAGUGGAGGUCGAAGCUUCCAAGCCGGAAGAAGCCGCCCCAGCACCGACCCCCGGGACAACUAGUCCCACAAAUCCCACAAACCACGAGAAGGCGGACAAGGUUCGUGUUCAGGUCAACGGCCUCUCCUCCUCAGAGGCGAUGCACAUCCUCCUUGACUACAUCUACAAGGGCAGUGCAGCCGCCAGCUGGGAAUACAAAGCUACGACUGCGCAGGUGAACAAGGAGAUCUUGCGCUUGGCCAGAUACUUCGGCUUUUCGCAGCUGCACGAGCAUGCGGCGAGGUGGCUUGCAAAAGGCUUGACUACCGAGAAUGUUGUGGACCGACUCGUGACGUGCGAGGAGUUUGGAUUAGGCCUGCUGCGCGAGAAGAUCACCGAGAGGCUCGCGCUGAAGCCUGCCGAAAUGAUGCAAGUGUGCAGCAGCCCGGAGAUCACCAAGCACCCUCGGAUCUUGCAGGACCUCCUAGUGCAAGUUGCUUCGCUGAAAAAAGGCGGCACGGAGGCGACAGAGGAUGCAAAAGAGGAGAAGCAAGAGCCGAAGGAAGAGAAGCCUGUGAAGCACGACAAAGCCGAAAAGGAGAAGGAGAAGCAGGAGAAGGCCGAAAAGCCGGAGAAACCGGAGAAGAAGCACGAAAAGGCAGAGAAGCCCGAGAAGCCUUCGAAGCAGGCAGAGAAACAGACGGGCAAGAAGCGGAAAGCCGGGCUCCAAGGAUGA